AACAUUCCUCAUGCCCCAAUUUUCCUUCCCAAACCCACUCAUUUCCCCCACAAAUUACCAAAACCCAACUCACAUUCCUCCUCGCCGAGCUCAUUGCAACCAUUUGCAUUCACUCUCCCUUCAUCGGCUUCCGAAUCCGCAGCCUCCGCACCGGAGCAAGUUUCCGACAAAAUAAACCUUGAAUCAAUCUUGGUCUCGAUCGAUGACUUUUUCAAUCGAAACGUUCGUCUGGCUGGUUGUGAUUCCUCUGGUCCGGGCGUAUUUGAGAAAGUACAAGUUUGUCCUUGUCAUUGACGCGUUUCGGAAGCUCCGGGACCACCCGAACGCUCAGCUGCUGGAUAUUCGGGACGAGAAGAGCUUGGGGUAUCUGAAGUCUCCGAAUUUGAAGAUUUUGAAUAAGUGCACGGUGCAGGUUCCGUUUUCGGAGGAAGAUGAAGCUGGGUUUGUGAAAAGGGUUUUGGAGAAGUUAGGGAACCCAGCAGAGACUGUCGUUUGCGUUCUGGGCAAUUUUGAUGGAAUUUCCAUCAAAGUGGCUGAGUUAUUGUUCAAGAAUGGCUUCAAAGAGGCUUAUGCAAUCAAGGGUGGGGUUGGAGGUACAAAAGGGUGGCUGGAGUCACAAGAAACUCUUUUGCCACCUUCUAUGCAUAUCUACCCCAAGAAGAAGGUUAAAACUUCACAAGAAACUGUGACAAACGGAGGAGUUGUUCGGGGAAAGGUCUGCCACUUCUACAAAUUUGUCCGCGGGAGAAAGUCAAACAACGGACAAUGGACGCACAACCAAGGCUACAGACUCUGUGUCAAUUGUGAAAAAUGGCUCUAGAUCAUCCUCUCCCUACCCAAGUUACCAAGAUUUGAAACCGCCAUCUUCCCCAACUCCAUCGAAGCCCUGAAAUCGAUGCUGUGACUCGUCUUGCUUCAGAAGUGGUGCCUCCGGUUGGGGGAAGCAUAUUUUUUUCAAAAGUUUUGCCGAUCAUUAGUUGUAUAUUCGUGAUAUCGAGGAGAGGUUAUUGAUAAAUGACACGCAUUGAAUCUCUUGGUAGCAAACUUUUAGUUCCGGUUUUCAUAUCAGCUGUACAUUUUGUAAUAUGUGUAUUUGAAGCUAACAUUUGUCCCAUGGUAAUAAAACGGUGAUCAUUGCAAAUGAAUCGUCUUCUGAAA